AAGCCAGCGAGCCAUCCAGCAACCUACGACAAAACAAUCCCACCGCCAUAUUUCACCACUGGCUGGCUUUCGGGCUGACAGGGCAAGGCAGGUAGGCAGGGCGGGCAGGCGUGAAAGAGAGAGCGCACCGUGGCGUAGUGGAGGAGACAUGGUGAACGUGAGCACACGGAGCAGCAGUGGUGGUGGUGGCGGCGGAGACGGCAGUGGGAGCAACAGCAGUAGUAGUAGCAGCAGCAGCAGCAUGGAUGCAGCAUAUGACUCCUCUCCAGCCGAGAGUGCCAACAUGAAUGCCGCCAGCCACCUGGGCGCAGGGUCGCUCUGUGCCAUCUGCGGGGACCGGGCGACGGGCAAACACUACGGGGCGUCCAGCUGUGACGGCUGCAAAGGCUUCUUCAGACGCAGCGUCCGCAAGAACCACAUGUACUCCUGCAGGUUCAGCAGACAGUGCAUAGUGGACAAAGACAAGAGGAACCAGUGCAGAUAUUGUAGGCUGAAGAAGUGCUUCAGGGCCGGCAUGAAGAAAGAAGCUGUACAGAAUGAAAGAGACAGAAUCAGCACAAGAAGGUCCAGUUAUGAGGACAACAGUUUACCCUCCAUCAACGCUCUCAUCCAGGCAGAUGUACUCUCCAGACAGAUAUCGUCACCGGGGCCGAUCUUAAACGGCGACAUUCGUACGAAGAAGAUUGCGGCCAUAACGGACGUGUGCGAGUCCAUGAAGCAGCAGCUGCUGGUACUGGUGGAGUGGGCCAAGUACAUUCCAUCCUUCUGCGAUCUGCCCCUGGACGACCAGGUAGCCCUCCUUCGAGCCCAUGCAGGAGAGCAUCUUCUCCUUGGAGUAGCUAAGCGUUCAAUGCUAUACAAGGACCUGCUUCUAUUAGGAAAUGAUCACAUAAUUCCACGGAACUGUCCAGAGCUGGAGGUGAGUCGUGUGGCAGUGAGGAUUCUGGAUGAGUUGGUCUUACCCUUCCAGGAACUGCAGAUAGACGAUAACGAGUAUGCCUGCCUCAAAGCCAUAGUCUUCUUUGAUCCAGAUGCCAAGGGCCUGAGCGACCCGGGCAAGAUCAAGCGGAUGCGCUACCAGGUGCAGGUGAGCCUGGAGGACUACAUCAACGACCGGCAGUACGACUCGCGGGGCCGCUUCGGGGAGCUGCUGCUCCUGCUGCCCACCCUGCAGAGCAUCACCUGGCAGAUGAUCGAGCAGAUCCAGUUCGUCAAGCUCUUCGGCAUGGCCAAGAUCGACAACCUCCUGCAGGAGAUGCUGCUGGGAGGUUCUGCAAAUGAGGCUCCUCACACCCCGCACUCUCUUCACCCUCAUCUGGUCCAGGAGCACCUCAGCAACAAUGUCAUCGUCACCACCAACAUGGCCACUCCUAUCCACAAUGGCCAGAUCUCCACUCCGGAAACUCCAAUCCCAUCACCCCCAGCAACAUCUGGCGUCGACCAUUACAAACUGACUCAGGGUGUCAUAGCAACAGUGCCUAAGCCUCCUAGCUCUAUCCCACAACCCACCAUUACUAAGCAAGAAGCUAUUUAGCCUGCACACAAACACACAAACAUACAGCACAACAUUUGGUUGUGGAUGCCAGAAAUGUGUAAUGUAUUUGUUCAUUUUACUUUUCUCAUCUGAGAUAGAUUUAAAAAUUAUGAUGGUGUUAAAUAUUCAAGGACAAUUUUUGGUAACCUUCUCUGACUUUGAAAGGUGAAGGAUAAAAAAAACUCUUUCACACACAGACUCACGUGCCAGGUGACAUGGCUUAGUAUGGGCUAUGUGUAAUUAUACUGAGUCUAAAUGUUACAGUCAUCAGGCCGUUAGAGGGGUAAGGUACUGUAUAGUAUUUAAGUGAGAGUCAAACCGAAAUCCAUCUAAUGUUGGCCAGUAACAUGGAAUUAAAGCUAGUUUAUAAAAGAGUUCAUUUGUGCCUCAAGCUGUGUGACAGCAAAUGUUGCCUUUGAAAACCGCCCACAGUUUUUUGUGCUUUUUUUGUUUUUGGAGGCCAUUCAACAUGCAACACACAAUGCAACACACAAUGCAUUUUGUAUAUCUGUCAGCUCCAAGCAAUAUAUUAGCCAAAUGUAAAUAUCGUGUAUAUUAAAUGGAUUGGUUCAAGUACAUUUAGAGCACUUUGUGAAGAACAGAGGCUCCCUGUCCAUCUUACAACUUAAGAAGUCCCUUUUUGUUUGUUUUUACUUUCAGAUAUGCCAGCUAUAGAACCUGUGUGCUCUGUUCGAUCUGUAGUCAUGUUAUGUUGGUUGUUAUACUGACAGGUGCCAUGUAAAAAAAAAAAAACUUCUUCAAAAAAGUGCCUUUUGGAAACGACACUGCCUCACAUGGGCCAUGUGUGACCUUGAAAUGUGAAAUGAAAUUAAAGAAUGUCAAGGUUUUAUUUUUACA